CGAUACGUUGAAUCAUAGCCGAACGCGCUGUGCAAUAUGCAAACGGUAUUUGCCCCCGCGUGAUGCGAUGUGAAGUCGGAGACGUGUGGAAUAUGUCAAACGUUGGACAAAUCGUGACAGAUUUUCUAAAGAAUUCAUCAAACCAUCCAUGUAAUGAGUUCACAGUCUGCCCUAAUUAUUUCCCUAUGAAUCGGCGUUGCAGGUAGACCCAUUUUACGGUCAUGAUGGCCGGAGUUUUUGACUUUGAGCUCAACGAACCGGGAGCUCAACAUCAGCCGACCAACCAGCAGGAGAAUGUAUCGGAUGAUGAUGUGCUGGAGGAGCAGUACCUCACAGCCAGUUCGGGCUCCAUUCCUGAUGAUGAUGAAGACAUUGAACAGCUAGCGCUAUCAGAACACACAGUUAACCCUCACAAUGAGCGGGUCGGACCAGAACACUUUCAGCUCCUGAAAGUGCUCGGCAAAGGCGGUUAUGGAAAGGUUUUCCAGGUCCGGAAGAUUGCUGGCACCGAUCCAGGAAAGAUCUUUGCCAUGAAGGUCCUGAAAAAGGCAGUUAUUGUUCGGAACCAGAAGGACACUGCACACACCAAAGCUGAGAGGAACAUCCUAGAAGCAGUCAGGCACCCGUUUAUUGUCAAGCUUCACUAUGCCUUCCAGACAGGCGGGAAACUAUACCUUAUUUUAGAGUAUUUAUGUGGUGGGGAGCUUUUUAUGCAUUUGGAACGAGAAGGAAUUUUCAUGGAAGACACAGCAUGUUUUUACCUGUCUGAGAUAACGUGUGCGCUUGAGCAUCUACACAAGCAGGGAAUUAUCUACAGAGACCUCAAGCCUGAAAACAUUAUGUUAAACAAACAAGGUCACGUUGUUUUAACCGACUUUGGAUUAUGCAAGGAGUCACUGGAAGAGGGGUCAAUGACGCACACAUUCUGCGGCACCAUUGAAUACAUGGCUCCAGAGAUUUUGACCAGAAGUGGUCACGGCAAGGCAGUAGACUGGUGGAGUCUUGGUGCCCUAAUGUAUGAUAUGCUCACUGGAGGGCCACCUUUUACUGCUGAAAAUAGGAAGAAAACGAUUGAUAAGAUUUUGAAAGGCAAACUCAACCUACCUCCAUAUCUAACUCACGAUGCUAGAGACCUUUUAAGAAGGUUACUAAAGCGACCAGUGGCAGCAAGGCUUGGAAGCAGUCCAGAAGACGCCAAGAAAAUCAAAGACCACAGCUUCUUCAGACACGUCAACUGGAACGACGUGCUGGCGUCCAAAUUAGAACCUCCCUUCAAACCCAUACUGGCCAAUGAUGAAGAUGUGAGCCAGUUUGACACCAAGUUUACUAAAGAGCCUCCGGUAGACAGUCCCGACGACUCCAUGCUUAGCGAGAGCAUGGACCAGAUCUUCUUAGGUUUCACAUACAUAGCGCCCUCAGUGUUGGAGAGCAUGCAGCGACCUCACCUAGUGAAAGCAAGGUCACCACGCAAGAUAACUGGACAGAGCCCCCACACCCCCAUCAGUAGCCCCAUGAAGACACCGUGUACGCAAUUUGCAUUUGAUGAGGAUCUAGUCAAUACCAAAUCACCAGCGUCCUCUACAGUUGAGGCAAUGGACACCUCUGAGCCAAUCAUGCAAGCCGGAUUCAGAUAACCAGGAUGCUGAUUGGCCCAUUCACAUUGUGUGAUGUAGACUACUGCACUUGAUUGGCUGAAUGCUUUUUAUUUACACACUCAAAAGGAAAACUGACGUUACAAUAUGCGACUGAUGCGUGCAUGAAUGUGAGGAAUAAACAUUUAGUCAAACUCUGAUUGGUCAGUUAAGUGCAUUCGUGUUAUAGACUCAUCUGAUUGGAUGAUAGCUGAUCACAUGAUAGAAAAGAGUUGACAUCAUUGGCUGACAUAAUGUUCAUCUGCAUGUGUUUGGAGAGCUCAUGGAGAAUCUGAUUGGAUAGUUUCUCUCACAUGAUCUAAAAACACUGAAUCAUUUUGAACAACCGUGACAAUUGUAAGAAGAGGAUUGCUGCAAGCCAGCUGAGCAGCUUCAUGCUAAUGAAACUACUAGACAUGCAUAUCUGAUUGGAUGGUUACCGUCACAUGACUUUAAUGUGAUUUAUUCAUAAUUGGCCUUUAUAUGUAAAUUAAGAAUAAGCGUGUUUUAUAUUAUAAUGAUUUUUUACCGAUCGCUGAUCUUCUUAUAUUUAGGAUCAUGUGAUAAUGAUGUAAGCAUACAAAUUAUUAUGAUUCCAUUAAAUUAAAAAAUAAAGUGUUUAUUUAUCAUGUUAUUUUCACAGACAUUAAAAUUCUGUAGUUGGUGAUGCUUUCGGCAAUAAUUACUUCAUCAGACGCAUAGAUUUUUUUUGGUUUUAGGUAUUUAAGAAGGGUUUGUGAUUAUCGUUAGACUGGAGAAGGAAAGUCAGCCAUUUUUGUCAUUCGGCCAUUAGUUUAGUGACUUACGGUACACAAAAACCUAUUUUAUGGAUGAAAACGACUUCUGUUCAAUUUUGCCUCUUACAAUCUGCCUUCAAAUGGACAAACUAAGCAACUAAGCGAAAAAAUCCCUUUGCAAAGA